AUGCAAACCCUCCAAGAUGGUAAAGUUCUGCCUGGAGAUCUGACCCACUACGUGGUUCCGGACGCUGGGGUGGUGCUGAACUACCUGGAUGUUCUGGAGCUCACCGAGCUGCAGGGGGUGGUGUUCACCCAGACGGCCUGCGAGGCGCUGCGCAGCAAAGGACGCAGGUUCUACAACCAUCUGAGGAACCUGCUGAAAGACCCGCGCCAUGACUGCAUCCUGUUUGCCAACGAGUUCCAGACAUACUCCCACUGCCCCAGAGAGAAAGGCGAGAGCCAGGAGACGUGGCAGACCAGGUGCGUUUACGCCGCCGCCGUCUGGUUCUACAACCACCUGGCUGGAGCCAUGAAAGUGGUGAUGAUCACGGAGGACCAAGACGCCGUGGCUCGGUUUGGCAGCCUCAACUCCGGAGUGUUUGUCAUCAGCGUCCAGGACUAUUUGCAGAACUUCUGGCCAGACCUGCAGGAGGCCCAUGAGGUCUACAGGAACAUCUCUCAGGUGCUGCAGGAGAAGGAGAGCGAGGAUUCCCAGAGGGAGUUCUCGGAACAUCUGCCUGCCGAGAUUGUGGAGGCUGGGAUCAAAUCGGGACGGUACCUUAAGGGAACCCUGAAUGUGAACAGAUAUCGGGCUCAAAGCGAGGCUUUCGUCACUAACGAGGAGUUCUCCAACAAGAGCCCAGAUCUGAUCAACGGUGUGUUGGUGUUCGGUUUUAAGAGCCGGAACCGAGCCGUGCACGGCGACCUGGUCGCGGUGGAGCUGUUGCCGAAGAGCAAAUGGAGAGGCAGAGGGACAGCUCUGGCUGAGGGGCCGCUGGACGAGAAUAGCGGGGAGGACGGCGAGUCCAACCCUUUGCCCACAGGUCACAUCGUUGGAAUCCUGCAGAGAAACUGGAGGGACUACGUGGUGACCUUUCCCCCCAGGGAUGGGAACCAGAACCAGAGCAGGGGCUCCCAGCGCAUCCUGGCUGUACCCUGGGACCAACGGAUCCCCAAGAUCAGGAUCAGCACCCAGCAGGCGGACGCUCUGCAGGACCACAGGGUGCUGGUGCGGAUCGACUCGUGGCCCAGCAACUCCCUCUAUCCCAACGGACACAGCGUGCGGGUUCUGGGUCGGGUUGGAGAUAUGGAGACAGAGGUCCAGACCAUCCUGCUGGAGAACAGCAUCAACGUUCCUCCAUUUUCUGAAGCACAGCUAAGGGAGAUGCCGGCGCAGCCCUGGACCGUGGAUCCCACCGAGGUAGCGAAGCGACGGGACCUCAGGGACACCCAUCUGGUGUUCAGCAUCGACCCGCGCGGCUGCGAGGAUGUGGACGACGCGAUGUCGGUGAGGAGCCUCGGCGACGGACUCCUGGAACUGGGGGUCCACAUCGCUGACGUCACUCACUUCGUCCGCGAGGGCUCGCUCACGGACCUGGAGGCCCGCUCCAGAGCCACCACCUAUUACCUGGCAGACCGCCGCUACGACAUGCUGCCUGCUGUGCUCAGCGCCGACCUCUGCUCGCUGCUGGGCGGGGUCGACAGGUACGCCAUGAGCGUCCUGUGGGAGCUGGACGCCCAGAGCCUGGCUUACAAAGAUGUGUGGUUUGGUCGAACCCUGAUCCGCUCUUCCUACCAGCUUCACUACGAGCUGGCUCAGGCGCUGCUGAACGGGGAGGAGGCCCCUGUUCCGGAGCUGGCCCAGCUGGACCCCAAGGAGCGGGCCGCCAAGCUUUCGGAGCUCACUGCGGCGCUGGAGAAGCUGACGCUGGUGGCCAGACAUCUACGGGCUCAGAGGGACCAAGGAGGAGCCCUGGAGCUGGAGGGGUUGGAGGUCCGGGCCCAGCUGGAUGCAGAGAAGAACAUCACGGCACUGGUUCCCAAGCAGCCCCUGGAGGUCCAUGAGACUGUGGCAGAGUGCAUGAUCUAUGCCAACCACUGGGUGGCGCGUAAGAUCCAGGAAGCUUUUCCCUGCCGGGCGCUGCUGAGGCGCCACCCUCCGCCACGACAGGAGUUUUUCGAUCUACUGGUGGAAACGGCCAAGGCCAGGGGGUUCUGCAUGGACACCAGUACCAACAAAGCCUUGGCCGACUCUCUGGACCAAGCCGUUGACCCAGAGGACCCGCUGGUGAACAGGCUCCUAAGAAUGAUGGCCACCCAGGCCAUGUCCCAGGCACUGUACUUCUCCACUGGCAGCCAGCCAGAUCACCAGUUCUACCAUUACGGUCUGGCUCUUGACCGCUAUACGCACUUCACCUCCCCGAUCCGCCGGUAUGCCGACAUGGUGGUCCACCGCCUCCUGACCGCCGCCCUGCAGGUGGGGCAGGAGGCGGAGCCUGCCAGGAAGCUGGAGGGGAACAAAGACCUGGAGGAGCUGGCUGAGCACAUCAACACAAGAAACCGGGCGGCCAAGCAAGCCCAGACCCAGUCCGUUGCAUUGUUUCAGUACCUCUUCUUCAAAGAACGGGAUCCUCAGACCGACCCACGCUGCGUGGCUGACAGCAUCAUAUACGCCAUCAGAGACAAUGGUGUCCUGGUCUUAGUUCCAGAGUACGGCGUGAAGGGCCCGGUCUACAUGAAGACUAAAACAGGCGAGGUGGUGACAGCAGGCCCAGACGGUACCUGCGAGUGGCAAAGCGGCACUGUGCAGCGUCACCCAGACCACAUCGUCACCACGUGUGGCUGCGGCAGCACCACCUUCAGGCUGUUUGAUCACAUCACGGUCCGGAUCUCUGUCCUACCCUCCAACUGCCACGCCGACACCCUGAAACUGGAGGUCAUCAGCAACAAGCCGCAUCGCAGUUCAGCGCCGCAGCGGCCCGAUUCGCAGGGGCGCAGCCAGCUGGUCCAGGAGGUGGUGCGGCUCGCCGAGGAGGCGCAGGAGAAGGCAGCGCAGCGACCCAAACUCUCCAAGUGGGAGCGGGAGUUCCAGCAGAGCAGAGCUCCUAACCUGUACUCCAUCCUGGAGGAGAUCCGGGAGCUGGCUCUGAUGGACCCGGACACGGCCUCCCGGUUCUGUGCCAGCACAGCUUAGAGGAGCCCAGCUGCUGCAGAACAGUUCUGUUCCCUGAUGAAGAAUCGGUUUCGCCGCAGAAAAAUCAACUGACACCGGAUCUCAGAACCGUUUUUAGCUUAUUUAUUGGGGUCAAAAUGUUGAAAUAAGACCAGCUGAAAAACCCAGAACCUUCAGAAACAGGAACAAACACUGAUGCUGACCCGGUUCCAUUAAAACCAACUGUUUAUUAUGUUUCAUAUUAAAAUGAUUGAACACAGCGCCGGCCCGGCGGGUUAUUUCUGGAACAGAUUUACGGUUCUGCUUAGAAAGUUUCAACCUGUUUGGUUCUAAAUUAAUGCACUGAAACCAGAACUCUGCUCAUUUCAAACAUCAGAAGCGUUUCAGCUUCCAGCUCAGGGAGCA